GAAGAGUCUGGCUGAGAGAGGCGGGCUGCAGCCAGACUCCUCUCAAAUAGACUGGCUAAAGUGGAGCAGUGUUUUUUUUUUUUUUUUCUUUGUGCGCGUAUUGAUUUUCCUAGAUUUCAGUCACUUAACUAAAUCGGAAGUUUCGACGACGUGUCCAGCAUUACCAACAUUACGGACUCAAACAUCAGCCUUCAAGUCUCGGCACUCGUUGAAUUUUUGACGCCUACUUUAGCCUAGCUUAGCUGGCCAACCGCUAACAUAGCUGCAAGGCACGUCGUCAAGCAUUCAGAAAUCAAUUGAGGAAUAUGUUCUCGAGAACUACACCGGCUGCAGAAAAGUUCCAGGAGGACCUUUAUGGAGUAAAACAGGAGCCCCCACGUCACCAAGACUCGACUGUGUGCAAAAUAAUGCACGCAAAGGUUGUUCUUCGCAGACUAGAAGGUUGGUUCACUUUCGAUGAUGUCGGUCAAGUGCAUCGUCCUGAAUGCCAGGAGUCUGCUCACAUGGGAGAAGAGGAGGAGAAAGAGUCGCCAUACGUCAAGAACGUGGAGGAAAAAUUCAUCCACAUUAAAGAGGAGUAUUUCAUUAGAGUUGAGAAGCCCCACAUUGAGGAGCAGCAUCAACCUCAACCCCUCAAAAAGGAGCAGGAGGACCCGCUAUAUGUUAAACUGGAGGUGGUUGACAUGCCCAAGUGGACUGAUGAGACCUUGAAGGGUGAAGAUGGAGGUCCAAGUGAGGCCAACAGAGGGGCGGAGCCUAUGAGUGGCAGCAGUUCAAAAGGAUUCCAAGCGGACUACCUCAUAACUCGACCAUCAGAGAGUGACGACUUCACAUCACGCUCGCUGUUCUGUUUCAGAAAAUAUCUUGGUGCUGAGCCAGAAUCUUCUGGCAUAAAAGAGGAUGUUGACCUCCCCCAAAUCAAAGAGAAGGAGAGAGAACAGCAACUUCCAAUCAAAAAGGAGGAGGACGAGCUGCCGUUUGGUCAAGAGGAGGAGCAUGUCACCAGGUCAACUAGUGAGCCCUUGAAGAGUGAAGAUGGUCUGAAUGAGGCCAGCAGAGGGACGGAGCCUCCAAGCGAGGGGAGGAGCAGCAGCAGAGGAGGAUUGCAUGCAGAUAUUUACAUUGCUCAAUCAGACAGACUUGGCGCCUCGUUACACUUACCGUACAAUGAUGAUGGUCAUAAGACAUCUGAUGGUGACGACAAACUCUGCAAAUGCUCUCAGUGUGGGAAAACCUUUGCUACUAAGCAAAGUUAUCGUAGGCAUAUGAGGAUCCACACUGGUGAAAAGCCUUUUGUCUGCUCAGUUUGUGGUCAAAGAUUCAGUUGCAAUAGCACCUUAGAACGACACACACGAACCCACAGUGGCGAAAAACCCUUUUCCUGCACACUUUGUGGUCAAAGAUUCAGUCACAAGGGAUCCUUAAAACGACACACAAGAACCCACACUGGCGAAAAACCUUUUUCCUGCCCAAUUUGUGGUCAAAAAUUCAGUCACAACAGCAACUUGAUACUCCAUACAAGAACCCACACUGGUGAAAAACCUUUUUCCUGCUCAGUUUGUGGAAAAUGUUUUGUUCAGGCGGGACACUUAAAAAAGCACAAAAAAACUCACACUGGCGAAAAGCCCUUUUCAUGCUCUGUUUGUGGAAAAGGUUUUGUUCAGGCGGGAGACUUAACAAAACACACAAGAACCCACACUGGCGAAAAACCUUUUUCCUGCUCAGUUUGUGGCCAAAGAUUCUCUGAGAAGGGAAACCUAAAACAACACAAAAGAUUCCACACUGGAGAAAAACCUUUUUCCUGCUCAGUUUGUGGAAAAUGUUUUGUUCAGUCAGGAGACUUAAUAAAACACACAAGAACCCACACUGGCGAAAAACCUUUUUCCUGCUCAGUUUGUGGCCAUAGAUUCUCUGAGAAGGGAAACCUAAAACAACACACAAGAAUCCACAUUGGAGGAAAACCUGUUUCCUGCUCCGUUUGUGGAAAAUGUUUUGUUCAUACAGGAGACUUAACCAAACACACAAGAAUCCACACUGGAAAAAAACCUUUUUCCUGCUCAAUUUGUGGUCAAGGAUUCACUCUGAAGGAUCGGCUUAAGAGGCACGUGUGUGUUGGUGUGAGAAGCAGUGGUCAAUGACUGAUUUGCCUGUCAUCCAUGCUGGCUUCAUCAGAUUUUGCAUGCAGAACAAUUGUAUUCUGUAGAGCUCAAAUCCUGUUGAGGGUUGGCACUUUUGGUCCCUUACAUGUGCUUUGUCCAAUCCUUGUAUGAUGUGCAUCCACACUAUACCCAAAAGUAUUUGCUUACCCGAUUUAACUCUCAAGUGCCAUUAUAUAUAUCUAAUAGCCUCCCUCUUUCAAACUACCCUUUUCAUGGAUAAUUUUUGAAACCAUCAUAUUAAAGUGAUUCUAAAAGACUCACGAGAUGAUUUCAUCAAUGUUGACUUUAGUGAAUUAUUAACUCAUUCACUCCCAGCUAUUUUCACCGGAGCAAGGUCCUUCGCUCCCAGUCGUUUUACUGGAUUUUGACUGUUUUUGCAAGGCCCACAGAAAAUUCUGUUCUUUUGCUAUACGUUUCCCUAAUCGCUGCCUAUCUCAUAAAAAGGAUUUUUUUUGAGUCUCUGCGGGGUCUGCUCAGCGAGCAGCACGGGCGGCAACGGCAUCUUCCACUGCACUGGUGGUCCCGGUCGUUCUGCUCGGGCGUCCUCUCGGUUGUUCUGCUCGGUUGUCCGCCACCUGUUAUCAUUCCGCCGGCGCUCCGACGGUGUGGCCCGGCCUUUCGUUGCUGUUGAAUCGGGUUGCGGAUCUUACCAAAUGCACUACUGCCCUCCAGUGUCCAGUUUUAUUGCUUUAAAAUGGAUUUUCAGCUUUUUGCUUUGGAGCUCAGUUGAAUCAGGACCCAGAGAUGUCUUUUUUAUGGAAAAAAAAAACGUAAAAGACGUAUAAAUACAUCUUUGAGACACUGAAACAAUUAAAAAUAGAACAUAUUUAUUCGUUUUUGGGAGCAAAUGAGUUGAUAAAUUAUUAUUAUUAAUUAAUUGCGAAUUGCAGCUUUUGUCUCCCUUUCAGACAGAAUAACAUCAUACAAAUGGGUAGUAGUGGCACAUAUCCUCCUUAGGACCAUGUAUAUUGUAUAAAUGCAACUCUGUUUAAAAUGGUAAAAGACUGAAAAUGGCUUUGGCUCCUUUUUUUUUUUUUUAAUUUCUAUACCGAAAUGCAACUGACUGUGCCCAAUGUGCCACUAAUAUUGCACUAAAUCAACUUUAAUACCAGCAAACAUUGUCCAAAGAAUUGAUAUUGUAUCCUCAUUAAACUAGUGAUUUACUCCCCACUUUUUCAAAGUAACACAAUACAUACUUGAAGAAUACUACAAUCUCCGGUUGGCUGUAAGCCUGUAUGUGAGGUGCCAUCCUUUGAGCGGAGGUCCAAAAGGGGAAGUUUAGAAUUUUUCACUCUUCGAGUUAGCGGGAGUUUAAUUAGUCAGUGGAGUUGAUUUUAACAAAUUCAGUGCAGUUUGUUAUUUAAUAAUUUCGGGGCUCCGGAGUGGCUAAGCUAGCGCAAGUCUAUGAGCCUGUCCUAGCAUGCAAAUAAAAUUCAACAUAUCCACGCAUGAAAAUCACAGAUGACCCAUGCAAUCGAUAGUUUUAGCUAUGUUUUCAGGAUGAAGUUAUUAAAAUUUAUCAUUCCAUGCCAAUAUCUGCAGCAUGAAAAGCAAUAUUUUUAAUCCAGUAGCUCUAGGUAACAGGCUGCAGGGCGGAGUGAUAUUUUUUCCACCGUUUAGGUUUUGUCGUAGCCAACAGCGAGUAUCUGCAGUUUGUAUUGUUCCUUGUUCUUCAUAAGGAAUUUGUGGAAACUCAUUUGCCCAUUUCUUCUCUCUGUUUCCACAGCUUCUAAUUGCACGUUUCAUUAUGUUGCCGUUCUUCCGUCAUGACUCUUUAAACUGACACUGCAUUCGAGGAAGGUGGGAAAGCGAAGUUUUCCAAACUUCGACUAUGAUACAUACUGUAUCAUUGGAACACCACUCGAACAGGGAGGCCCUUGUCGCGAAGUCAGGAAAAAAAGGUGCCCCGACUUCACGAGUUGCUUCAAUCAGAUGUCAAUGCAGCAUGAGCACAGGUGCCUGAAGCACUCCUCUUUCUUGUGGUGACAUUCCACAUCUAAAAAAAAAUAGUUUGUCAGAAAUAAAUGAAUUACAUCAGUUUUGUGUGACAUUGUUUUGUCCCCAUUGGUAUUUUGAACAACAGAUCACCAUUUUAAAUUUAUUCGACUGUUAGAUGUGUUAAUAUCAUUUUUUAUUGGCAUACUAGGGAAGGGACCAUUGACUCUCGCUAGCUUAGCCACUCCGGAGUCCCAAAAUUAUUAAAUAACUAACAACCUGUACAGAAUUUGUUGAAAUCAACUCCGCCGACUAAUUAAACCCCCGCUAUGAAUGGCUGAGUCAAAGCCCAGAUCUUAAUCCCACUGAGAUGCUGUGUGGUGACUUGAAAGGAGCUGUACAUGCAAGAAACCCCACAAACAUCUCACAGUUGAAAGUAUUUGGCGUUGAGGGGUGAGGCAAACUUUCUUUAAACCGCUGUCAAAGACUGGUAAAUGGCUACAAAAAGCGCCAAUAGCAAACUGCAAUAUUCAAGUGUUAAUCUGAAAACAAGUGUUAAGAAACUAGUAUUCCUUUAGAAGUAAUUCACUAGGUUUUAAAUUUUCAUUCACGAUGUCAUUCUGCCCAACAGGUAACAAGUAACUCUGGAUGGUCUUGGCAUCUUUUACGCGAGUGCUCUGUUUUACUGGCCAGGCAUGUACAAUGACAUACAAACAUUUUGCACCACAUGUCUGACCUGCCAAAAAACCUCACCACCUCGCCGAUCUGACAGGGCCUUCAUCCGCUCCCGAUGAUAUCCACACCAUUGUGCCGAAUUGCCAUGGACAUUGUUGGACCAUUGGUCAGAAGUGCUUGGGGCCAUCAGUACAUUCUCGUAAUUUGUGACUAUGCCACUAGAUAUCCCGAAGCCUUUCCGUUACGUACCAUUACUGCUCCAUCAGUCCUCCAUUGCCUUGUUCAGUUAUUCUCCGGAGUUGGGAUCCCCGAUGAAAUCCUGACUGACCAGGGAACCAAUUUCACUUCUCGUCCCUUACAGUUAUUUCAUUAACAGUUAGGGAUUACAGCCUUGUAUACCACACCUUAGAGAGGUUCAACCAAACGCUGAAGAGGAUGCUGAAGAAGUUUGUGGGUGACACUGGAAGUGAUUGGGACAGAUGGCUGCCAUCCCUUCUCUUCGCCUAUCAAGAGGUACCACAGGCUUCCACUGGAUUCUCACCCUUUGAGCUUUUGUACGGAUGGGACGUGCUGGGGCCCUUGGACAUGCUAAAGCAAAACAUGGGCAGCAACAGAGUCCAAAGCCAGUGAGCGGGGAAUCAUCCAGUAUGUGCUGAAAAUGAGGGAUGGCCUGUCCAACUAUCUCUAGGAGGCUGAAGAGAACCUGAAGGAGGCACAAAAGAAGCAAAAGCUAUGGUAUGACCAACAAGCCAGACACCAUGACUUCCAGCCGGGCCAGAAAGUAUUGCUGUUACUACCAUCCUCCAGCAGCAAGUUGUUGGCAAAGUGGCAAGGCCCCUACACAAUUCUGCGACGAAUGGGACCUGUCACCUAUGAAGUACAUCAGCCUGACAAGAAAAAAAUCAAAGCAGACCUACCACGUGAACCUCUCCCAUCUCAGUGUCCAGUGUUGUUUCGGGACCAUCCCUCUGUGGCCGGUUUUGGGCGGUUAGGUUAGUCCGUGGGUGGGACGUGGUUGCCACAGCGACCGCCGCUGGUCUUGACGUCCCAAGCGCCCGCUAUCAACUUUGUUAUCCGGGGCUGGCUCUACUUGCUUUAGGACAAAGCGCGCUGCUCUUUGUCCAUGUUGUGGCCAGGAGAACUGAUUGCGAUAGUUGGUGCAUCAAUCUUGCUCGUGACGCACACGUUGGGCUUCUGUGAUAAGAUAGCGUUGUGUGUCUAUUCUGCUUUUUUCAUUAAACUAUGGUGUGCUAUUUAUCUUAUGUUAGGUGUAUUUAGAGUAGUUCAGUCCUACAGUAAAUAUGGAACAUGACACUAUUCCCUGAUUAAUUAUAUUACUUGUGUUCGAGUAAUGCAGUUAGAUGGUGUCUACGAGAAACGGUACCAUUUUUCCAUGUCCCCCUCAUGAGCCCCGAUAAGGUGAUUCACUUUACUGUGUUCAAGGGCAUGGAGUGAAGUCUGCCUAAACUAUCGUUAGAUGAAUGUGUUAGACUAAUGCAAACAAUUAUAUGGUGUGUGCGAGAACUGUACCUAUUCCCUUCAAUACCAACUGCAGAAUGUGACCCGCCAAAUGGCCAGGAGGACUUUUGAGUCGGCCACAAAGCACCUCUCGGACGCGGAAAAGUCAAUGGUGGCUGACUACCUCACCCACUCAAACGCCACAGCUGAAAAACAUUAAAGGAUGAAGAAGACAGAGUACCUCAAGGAUGCAAUUGAGAUCAUCAAGAAGUUGGGUGCUGACCCCGGAAGCAGUGAGCUUCAGUCACCUGGCACGUCCAGAUGUCCGUCCAGAAAUCCGGAAAUGGAGUUCCAGAAGAGUGUGGAUGCCUUCAUCCGGGACCAUCUGGUCACGGUGGAUGGGGAAAUCCCAAAAGUUUCAAUCUGCAAGAAAUACAGUAAGGCUGAUGAGAAAUGCAUGUAUACUCACUGGAGGAUUACCCAGAAGCAGAUGAGAGCGGACGCUGCCAUCUCUAACACUUUUCUCGCCGACUCCCCGCUGAGCCAAUAAUCAAAAAGUGGUUCGGUAAACAAGACUGGAAGACAAACACGCCGUCCGCGCAAGAAAUCGCCCAAUCUUGGAAGCCCUUGGGCCACGUCAAGGGCAUCCACACAUCAGUGCACAUCCGGAGACUCGUCAGCUCUCAGAAAUGGCAGGGCCUGGAAGUGAAGACCAUCGCCGGGCCCAAGGGAAGAGGGUUGUUUGCCGAGCGACCCUUUAAGGCUGGGGAAGUGGUCUGCGACUACCAUGGCCGGCUAGUAACAAGAGAAGAGGGAGAUAAUAUCCACCGGACGACGGCAUUGGCAGACACGGGCUACAUGUUCUUCUUCACCAACAAAGACAAGCAGCAAAUGUGCAUCGAAGCCCACCUGGAGAGAUACUCCUGCCACCCUGAUCGGCAGACAUUUAGACGCCUCAUCUACCACUCCAGGAAGAAGUUCAACCUGCGCCCUGGGGUCUUUCGGAUGACUUUUGAGGCGAGCGAGAGAGACGUGCUGCUCUUCGUGGCCCACAAGAACAUUACCAAAGGAGAGGAGUUCCUUUUCGACUAUGGCGUCAACCGAAAGCAGUUCUGCGGCGAGAGUUGAGACCUAGAUUGGCUGGACUGAUGUUGUAUUAACAUGUUAUUAUUGCCCCAUGCUGCUUGUUUGAUUGUUUUGACAUUGUGCAUUUUUUAGUAUUAAAGUGUGAAGUUGCUUAAGUCAUGUUGUUUUCUUGUUUUACUCAUUUCAACGGAAUCCUUUUAGCAAAAAAAAAAAAAAAAGUCUUCAACCAUUUGAAUAUCACUUUUCCUUAAACUGCUUGUUUUACUUAGAUCUAUUUUAUAAAUACAAUAAAAUCACUAUCAUUAAAAAAAAGUCUUCAAUUGACUGAAUCAUUUAAGCCCUUUGAGUGUUUUAAAAAUUAUUUUUUUAAAAAACAAGUCUCAUGCUUGUUUAAAAAAAAAAAAAAAAAAGGCUUGUUUUACUUAACUCUAUCUUAUACAAUUUAAAUCUAUCAUUUCAGUUUGAUUGAAACAUUUCAGCCCUUGGAGUGUUUAAAUGACUUAGUGUCUGCUUUCCCCUCACCCAUCCGACUUGGAAGGAAUGACAACUGAUAUGUCUGCAUAUCUCCCUGAAUGAGGCUUUCAAAGUUUCAGCCUCUGCAAGCAGUGUUUGAAAAAGUUUUAAAACAGUCUGACUGAAACAUUUAUGCUUUUUGAGUGUUUUAAAGAGUCGUUAAAAAGUCUCAUGCUUGUUUUACUCAAAAUUUCAUACUGACAACUGAUCUGAAUGCAUAUCUCCCUGAAUGAGGCUUUCAAUGUUUAAAAAGUCUCAUGCUUGUUUUACUGAAAUUAAAAUCACUAUCAUUUCAGUCUGACAACUGAUCUGAAUGCAUAUCUCCCUGGAUGAGGCUUUCAAUGUUUCAGCUUGUGCUGUACUUAGAAUUAUUUGAAUUGAAUGACAUCUAUUAUUUCAGUCUGACUAAAUCAUUUUAGCCAUUUGAGUGUUUUAAAAAUGCUUGUUUUACUUAACUCCAUUUUAUACCAUUUAAAUCUAUCAUUUCAGUUUGAUUGAAUAAUUUCAGCCCCUUGAGUGUUUAAAUUACUUAGAGUGAUUUUAAUUUUUAUAAAACACUAUCAUUUCAACUGAAUCAUUUCAGCUCUUUAAAAAGAGUUCAAGAGUCUUAAAUAAAACUCUUAAAUGCAACCAGAUACCCUGAAAGGCACAUCUGAUCUGUGUGCUUUCCUCCCCUCACCCAUUUGGAGGGAAUGUGCUGUACUUAUUUCAGCCCUUUGAGUGUUUGAAAAAUGCCUGUUUUACUUAACUUUAUUUUAUACAAUUUAAAUCUAUUUCAGUUUGAUUGAAUAAUUUCAGCCCUUUAAAUUAGAGUGAUUUUACAUUUUAUAAAACUAUCAUUUCAACUGAAUCAUUUCAGCUCUUUAAAAAGAGUUAAAAAGUCUAAAUAAAUCUCUUAAAUGCCACAAGAUAUCCUGCAAGGCACAUCUAAUCUGUCUGCUUUCCUCCCCUCACUCAUUUGGAGGGAAUCACCAUGACAACUGAUCUGUCUGCACAAACUGGUCUGUCCGCUUUCCCCCACCCAUCCGACUUGGAGGGAAUCACUACGACAACUGAUCUGUCAGUAUAUCUUACUUAAUGAGGCUGUGCAGGCAGUGUUUUAAAAAGUCUUGUACUUAAAAUUAUUUAAAUUACAUGAACUAUUCUUUAAUUUUACUCGUUUUGAAUGCCUGUGCUGUACUUAAAAUAUUUGAAUUGAAUGCUUUAAUUUUACGUGUUUUUAAAACUGACU